AUGUUGAGGAAUCAAAAAGGUAUAUGUGAAAUAUUAAAGAUAUUUAAGGUGUUAAAAUCUAUAAAUGAUGUCGGUAAUGCAUUAGAUGUGAUAACGAUUGAAGAUGUAGUGAAUGUUAUGAAAGAGAAAGAUGAAUUUAAAUCGUUAGUAAAAAAUCUAUUAGAUCAAAAGGAAUAUCGGUGCGUGGCUAGAAUUCUGAUUCAUCUUGAUGCAGAAAAAGCCGAUGAAGCAGAAAAAAUAUGCAAUGAUAUGAAAGAUCGUCUAGCAGAAGAGGCUAGCAAUUUAAAUUUUGUGGAAUCAGAAGAAAGAGUAAAUACAAUGAAUGAAAUGAAAAGUAUAACUGAAGGAUCUGAAUUACCUGAUAUUAAAGAUAUGCUUGAUGAAUUCCUAUUUGAAUACAGCCACGAAUAG